UUAACAGCUGUUGUUGGUAGUUGGAAUCCAACCCACAGCAUGGAUCAGGUCUUGUAUCCAUGGCAGCAGGAUAUUUAUUACAGUUCCUACCACUCUCCACCCAGGAUUGGCGGACUUUAGCCCUUAAUCAAAUAGAAAGGUAGGAGAACACAGGGACUGACUCUCUGACCACCAGAUAUAAAACAAAGGGGGGGAGAUUCCUUAGCAAAUGGCAAAAUUUCUGUCCCAGGAUCAAAUUAAUGCCCUUAAAGCAGCCAGGGUAAUCUUCGAAUGCAAGCCGUUGCAGUGAAUGUCUGCCAGUCUCCAUACACAGCAAAGCUAAGGAGAACUGCUCCUAUUCAUCUCAGGGCAGAGUUAAUCUUGAAUUCCGUUUCCAUCAUGAGAUGAUUGGGAAGAAGAAUUCAAGGAAUGCUUUUCUCUAUACGAUAAGAAACAAAAAGGCAAGAUAAAUGCCAGCGACCUGAUCACAGUGAUGCGGUGCCUGGGAACCAGCCCAACUCUGGGAGAGGUAGAGACACAUCUUCAAGGGCAUAAAAUUGACAGAAAGGCAGAACUGGAUUUUUCCACUUUCCUGACCAUAAUGUACAGGCAAAUGCAGCAGGAAGACCCUGGGAAGGAAAUCCUGGUGGCCCUGGCAAUGAUGGACAAGCAAAAGAAGGGUUUCAUCACCGCUUCCGAGCUGAGAGCCAAACUCACCAGGCUGGGAGAAAAGCUCUCGGAGGAUGAAGUGGAUGACCUUCUAAGAGAAGCUAAAAUUGCACCAAAUGGGAUGGUGAAAUAUGAAGAAUUUAUCCACACCAUCACCCUUCCUUUUACAGACUACUGAAUUUCAGAAUGACAAGACUGCCUCAGGUGGGGAAACGGGCAAGCUUUUCCAGCGUACGUUUUCCUAGGUCACUUUUGGGCUCACUGGAAUCAGCACUGCUUGCCUUUAAGGAUCUAUAUUUUGCCUUCUUAGAGUGAAAUGUUUAUGUCUGAAUAGGUUUUUCCUGUUGCAAGGCCUGGCCACACCUUCCUUGUCAGUUGGAAUGGAGCGUUCAUGUCAGACACUGGAUGUAGUAUUUUAAAUGAAUUGAAUGCCAUGUUACAUUGCAUAAAGCUUAACAUGCUUAAAAGCCCACUCAUUAGUAAUUAGAAUUUUUAAAACACAUUAUACUUUAAAGAGGACAGUUUUUGCAGAGCAAAAUCAGCUACCUACCUUAAUGUCACAGGGAGAUGGUUCUUCUUGAGAGUAAGAGAACAAACAGCUAUUUGGUCUGACUCUGUGAGCCUGUGGUAUCCAACUAUUCCCUGCGUAUGAGGUAUCCUAGGGCGCUUGACUAUUCUACUCAUAAACUUUGACAAGUUUGGAAUGACCAUGCAUAUCGCUCACACCGCUGCCUGGAUACACACAACCUACUGAUCAAUCACUUGCUGUUAUGCAGAAGCCGAGCCAACACGCCAGAGGGAAGGGGAGCUCAGAACCCUGUUGGCUAUCUGGAUGAGGGCAGUGGUCAGGCAGAUAGAUGUGACUUCUUCCAAAGAAUCACAGCAACAUGAGCCCUAGUACUCUUCAAGCAUGAUAAAGGGGUCCCUGUGCAGCAUCACUUUACUCAUCCAGAUUCUUGGGGAGUGGAAGACAAAGAUCUCCAUACUACCAUGCUUAUGACCUUUUAUUAAUUAGGAAGCUACUUCAACUUGCAAUUUCAUAGGAAAUCUCCAUGAAGUUGAAAACUUGUCUGUCUCCAUGAAGUUGGUCCAG